GUUCCGGAGGCUUCUGGGUAGCGAAUUACCCCCGCCCCCCGCACCGGCGCCUUCCUUUCCGUCCCUAACGCCGCAGAAGUCGCACGCGCGAGGCUUCUUUGCCGCCGCCAAGAUGCGCUACGUCGCCUCCUACCUGCUGGCCGCCCUCGGGGGCAAUUCCUCUCCCAACGCCAAGGACAUCAAGAAGAUCUUGGACAGCGUGGGCAUCGAGGCGGACGACGACCGGCUCAACAAGGUCAUCAGUGAGCUGAACGGAAAGAACAUCGAGGACGUCAUUGCCCAGGGUAUUGGCAAGCUGGCCAGCGUGCCUGCUGGCGGGGCUGUGGCCGUCUCUGCGGCCCCAGGAGCUGCAGCUCCUGCUGCGGGUUCUGCCCCAGCCGCAGCAGAGGAGAAGAAGGAGGAGAAGAAGGAGGAGUCGGAAGAGUCAGAUGACGACAUGGGGUUCGGCUUGUUUGACUAGAGCCCACUCCCCUGUAAAUAAAACCCUGUUGACGUA